AUGCCAAGUAUUAAACGUCAACAUGAUGGUACUUCCAAGGAGAAGUCAGAGAGAAAGUUUGAAGGAUCGGAAGAAAAGACUGGAGCGCCGAUAAGUCCUUUCAUGCCAAUGUUUGAGGGGUUCAGAGCGGAAUUGGACGAACAUCAUGAUCGGAGAGAGAGGAUUAUUAAGGCGGGUAGAGAUAUCACGGCGGGGAGUAAAAAGAUAAUUUUUGCGUUGCAAAGAGUUCAAAAACUCCAUCAGUCUCUUCCUCAAAAGAUUGCCAAGGAAACCUCAGAGAGACUGGCUACGAUUAAUGAUCUCUUUGUCGGUAUAUCACCUGAUCUCACGGGCAUAAAUUCUUGGCGCUACCAACGACAGAUCUCAGGGGGUAUUCAAGAAUACAUGGAAGCUGUGUCCUUUUCCCACUACCUGACUGAACAAAAAUUAGUCCCUCUUGAUGCUGCUCAAGCUUCUUUGCCAGAAGCUGUGAAUCUUACAGGCGAUGACUAUGUUCUUGGAAUUUUUGAUCUCGUAGGCGAGAUGAUGAGAUUUGCCAUUACGAGAAUGGCGACAGAUGGAGAGUUGCCGGGCAAAGAGGAGAGGACGAUCCUGGCGGACUUGAGAGAUAUUAGAAUGAGAUUCGAAGAGCUGGAUACGACUAGGUGUGGAAAUGUGGGAUUGGGAAGGGAUGUGGAGAAGAAGAUGGAGGUUAUGAGGACUUGUGUGGAGAAGGUGGAAACGGCGGUCUAUGGUAUGAUUGUGAGGGGUAGAGAGAGGCCUAAAGGAUGGGUUAUGGAUAUGCCGGAUGAUAAUGAUCUUGCUGCCAUAAUGCAUAACAUUACAAUCGUUCCUACGCAGGAGACUCAUAUCUUCUAUCCGAUUGGAAACACACCAGCGGUCAAUCUUCUCGAAUACCAUGCUCCUAAAUCUGAUGGAGAGAUUACGGAUAUACUUCUUCUUGCCUGUGGAGAUCCUAGAAGUAUUUUAUAUUCGUUGUUCUGCGAAGACAAACCAGGUAAUGAGAAAUUUAAUUUUGUGUGUUGUGAUAUCGACCCAGCUAUUUUAGCUCGCAAUAUUAUUUUGUUCUCUCUCAUCAUCGAUAAUGCUGCAUCAUACGGCUCUCAAUCCCCACACGAUAGAGCAAGAAUUGGUGCAAUUUGGAAUCUGUUUUACCACUAUCAAAUUCCCAAAGAGGAUUUGAAGCUCUUACAGGACCAAGCUGAGAAACUCUUGUCACUCUCCAAAUCGCCAGAGACAUGGGCAGAAUCUCCCUAUUCUAGCACUAGUUUUGUUAGCUUGCAAACUCUUGAGGGAGUUCGAAAGAUCUGGGAGAAAUAUGCUAUCCAGAGAAGCCCAGAAGAGCAGCAAAAAUAUGAGGCACCUAGACGGCACACCCUCUCAGAGAUACGUCAGAAGUUCGCUCACGGUGGAGGAGCAUGUGUGACUUACUCUGCAGGGGUACACUGGUUUGCAGGCUUAAACUCAUGUUGGGAUGCACUCAAGGGCUAUUGGACAAAAGGGGUGGUUGCUGGAAACGCAGGUGAUGUCAAGGCUCUUGGCUUUGGUGGAAAGGGAGUUUUGAAUCCAAAUUUUAUGGUAUCAGCCAUGUCCGAGGAUUUCAUCGUUCCAUUCACCAGCGACCCUUUGUCGACAUAUCAUGUUCCACAGGUAUUCGACAAUCCCUUAAGCAAAAAGCAACGUAUGGAAGCCUUGGCAACAUCCGCAAAACAAGACUUUGCGGAAUGGUGCAAAGCCUUUGCAAAAUACGCGGCCGCAGGUUCUGUUUUGAUCAAUGCUUAUGUGGGAGAUGCAGUCACCUUUUCUUAUGAGCUAGCAUCUCGUGGCCGGUCAAGAGCCACAUCUGUUGUUACCCGUCUUUAUGCAGAUUCAUGGUCUGCAAAACCAAUGUUGUUGGAUGGUCCCGGUGCAUCACUUUUACCUCUUUCUUUCGAGGUCAUCGACACUUCCAAUAUUGUAGAUUACUAUGGGCAUCUCAAUAUCCUACCCUCUACAGUGCCCCUUCUAUCUAGAACUUUCAGCUCUGUUCUAUACACUGAAAGCUUGCGGAUCUCUUCUCUUGAUUUAAAGCAAAACUUGAAGGCUGCACUUUUGAUGGAUGUCAAUUUAGCUUCGUUGUUGUUUGGGCUGACACCGUCCGGCCAAAUCAUGGGCUAUACUACAUACAACAAUUAUAGCGAGGACAUUACUCAACAGACUUCUUCCCACCGCUAUCGAACACGUCUACCCUGGCGAUUUCCAUCAUUUGGAGACCAUCACUGUUGUUCCACAUCGAGUCAGCCUAUCAAAAUCGAAGUUGAUGCAGAUGAACUCUCUCAAUUAUGCUUCGAUACAUACAUGAAGAUGUUCUCGAUUGAAAACCUUAAAAACCGCAUCGCACCAGGAGUCCGACCUUUACGCAGUGAAGCGAUGAAUUGUUAUUCACGAUUAAGUUUUGUCAAUAUCCUGCAUCUUAUUAAGCAAAAUACCACAACUAAUUGGAUAUCCUUCUGCACAAGUCUACAGAAGAAAAUCGCAGCUGAUACAGUCUCUCAUAUCGGGGCUAAAACAGUCUUGCCCAAUACCAAUGAAGAAGAUCUUUUCUUUUCCAUGGACUGUUUCUUUGGAACUCUCAAACCACAAACAGACCCUGAAUUGUGUGGAGAGUUCAUCGAAGAUCCACAAGGCUGGGCUGGUGAUUCCGAUUUGAUCAUUACGUUCCCCGUACCUGCUCACAUAGUGAAAGGGAAAAAAUGGAAUAUUGGGCUAUGCGUUACCAUUGAUAUGAACGGGUCAGGGUACAUAAUGGAUUUGGGACCAGAGAUGGUAGUCUCUUCGGUGUCCGGGAAGAACAAAAAACGAGUGACUAUUUCCAAGGUGCCCCCUGGAAUUCCUAAGUCCCGUUUACAACCCGCUCCAGAGAUUGCCUCUGAGCAACAUUCAGUUGAACAAGCCGACAACUCCGAGAGCGGAAUCACUAUAGCGGCUACAAACCUUAAUAAGUCCGCUGCACUACAGGCAACUUACCGUUUCGUAGACGGAACUGAGGAAACCAAGGCACUGCAAAAAGCUGCCCUUGUUACACUUUCGGAUAUUACUCCAUGCUCUAUACUCCUAAAUAUUGGGGAAUUUAGCCACCGACUCAUCUUUCCAUACCCGAUAGAUGGAUCCAAAGCGACAACGAAGAUUGCUAGAAAGAGUCUUUGGAUUCAAGUCAACGUCCCUCUCGCACCAACUCUGAAAUCUGGCGGUUAUGACCAUAAUCCCUUCCCAGUGAUCACUUCUCCAUAUAAUCAGCCGGCAAUUUGGGCUCUCCCUCGAAUCAAUCUCUCUACUCUUCCAUGGGUAAAUAGUAGCAAUCCAGAUUGGUUGGAGGAUGUAGACGAUCAAGUUUAUAGCGGUCGUGAAAAACACAUGCUUCGCAACAAGGAUGAGUCAACCAAUGAUUUUCCAGGCGCUCUUCUCCAGUUAAAAAGUACGCUGGCUGAAAUAAUGGUACACAUGGAUAAGACUAAGCUAUGUGGCGUCUUCGUCAAAGGGGCCACUAUGAGCGAAAAUGUUGGCGAUUUGCUGUUAGUCUCGAAUGGGCUUCGCCAUAGCCGCGAAACAAGCUCACUGGUGUUUGACGGCUGGGUUAUUUCCGAUGUUCUCGGUCUAAGACCUUCCCCUCCCGCACUAUUGCAAUUGAUAAGCUAUACAGUUACUCGUAACGAGCACAUUUUGUGGAAGAAAAUUAUACCUGCAGCGGUAGAGUCAUGCCGACGGGGUUGGGAACAUGAUUUAUCCUGCGCGUAUCGAGAUACUCAAGCCCCUCUUUCUAUCGAGCCUUAUGUAUCCCCGAUCUGUAAGUGUGGUGAAGGAAAAGAUGUCGAGGAUUUCCCACAAGACUCGAUGAUUCAACCGUUUAUAACGAGAGCUACGAGGAUCGCAUUGCCGUUAUUGUCGGCAGUCUCUUAUGUGGAAGCCAUGGAUCCACCAGAGCUCUCAUGUUCUUAG